AUGAAGAUUGCAUACUUUGAGGGUUACGGCAUGAAUCGAGAGUGCCUAUUCCAAGAUGCCUCCCAAAUCGAUACAUCGCAAUACACGUAUAUCCAUUUUGCUUUUGGCACAUCGACUUCCAGUUAUGAGGUUGAAGCUGGUGAUGAGUUAUCCACGUACAGCUUUGGAGAAUUCAAACGCAUUAAGGGAGCUAACAAGAUUUUCUCUUUUGGCGGCUGGGCUUUCUCGACCGAGCCCGCGACAUAUUCGAUCUUCCGUAACGGUGUUACAUCCGUCAACCGCCUGAAGAUGGCUACUAAUGUUGCUCUCUUCAUUGAGAUGCAUGGCCUUGACGGCGUCGACAUCGAUUGGGAAUACCCGGGAGCUCCUGACAUUCCCGGCAUACCCGCUGCUAGCAAGUCAGACGGCCCCAACUACUUGGCUUUCCUUGCCGUUCUGAGGAACCUGUUGCCCUCAUCGAAGACUGUUUCUAUCUGUGCACCGUCUUCGUACUGGUAUUUAAAGCAAUACCCUAUUGCGAGCAUCGGCAAGGUCGUGGACUACAUCGUUUACAUGACCUAUGACCUGCAUGGUCAAUGGGAUGCAGGCAAUGCACAUUCACAAGAAGGAUGCGACACAGACAACCGCCUACGUAGUCAGGUUAACCUGACAGAGACUAAGCAAUCUCUAGCCAUGAUUACCAAGGCAGGUGUCCCCGGCAACAAGGUCAUCGUUGGCAUAACUAGUUAUGGGCGUUCCUUUAGUAUGGCUGAAGCCGGAUGCUGGGGUACUAAUUGCUUGUACACUAGGAGCCAAAUGAACUCGGAUGCGACCAAGGGCAAGUGCACCAACUCAGCCGGUUACAUCGCAGAUGCUGAGAUUGCUGAGAUCAUCGAAGGAAAGAAGAGAGCAGGUCGCGUUGUUAAGCAAUUUGUGGAUUCUAGCAGCAACAGCGACGUUUUGGUCUACGAUGAUACCCGAUGGGUCAGCUACAUGAGCAGCAAGACCAAGCAGACCCGCUCAACCUUGUACUCGGCUUGGGGAUUAGGCGGUACGACCGACUGGGCUAGUGACUUACGAACCUACAACGACGUCCCGAAACCGGCAAAAAGCUGGGCAGAAUUCAAGAUGAAGGUCAAAUCCGGAGAAGAUCCCAAGUCGGAAUUCACGGAAUGGCGACUGGAUCAACCACGACUGCACGGAUAA